AAAAAAAAACGAAGAAUGGAUGGAAGAAGAGCACCGAGACAAGCCAACCAACAUGUCCGCUUGGACAUCAAUACAGCAUGGUUGAAAUCUGUCGAAGAUAGAGCGCGCGAGUCCUUGCACCGAAAACCCCCUACUAAGCCAACCAUCUUCAGAGUUCCCGCGAGAUUGCGACGCGGCAAUCGGCUUGCCUACGAGCCAAAACUGGUCUCCAUCGGCCCUUACCAUCGUGGCAAGAAGGAUUUGAAGGCCAUGGAGGGACUUAAGUGGCGGCUACUGCACGACUACCUCUCCAAAGUUCCGAACGGGGGCAACAACGAGGGCCUAAGAAAGAUGAAGGAUUUGGAGAACCAUCUCCUCGAAACACUGGGGAUGCCAGAGUGGGAUAGCUCCCGCCUUCUGAAUGCUGCUAUCAUUGCGUUCGAUGACUUUCUGCCACCGUUCCGGAGAGGUCCACAGCCAGAGCUGCCCGCCGAAGGCUUCGAUGUGGAUCAUUUACUCCACUUGAUCCACCGAUGGAUCUGGCGAUUCCCAAAAUCAGAGGUGACCAACACAGCAAGCUACAGUAAACGAUCAAGGACUACUUAUUCUGCUUUAUCCCUAAUAAUCGACAAGACUGGGGAUUGGCUCUCCAAGGUGCUGCCGCGCCGUACCAAUUCUUCGAGUUCAGAGACAUUACGUUCUGUAAGGAUCAGGGGGUGUUGGGAAUCCCGGCCAUUUUUGUUGAUGAGUCAACGAACUUCUUUUUUUGCAAAUCUAAUUGCUUUGGAGCAAAGUUGCAGUAGACACGAGAUGGAUGUCACUGAAUAUACCAAGUUUCUGGAUGCCAUCAUCAACACCUCAAGAGAUGUGGAGUUGCUUCACCGGGAAGGGAUCAUUCAACCGCAUAUUGGAGAUGACCAGGACAUUGCAUCUAUCUUCAACAAACUAGGCAGAGAUGUUGUCUUCUUUCCCGAACAAUGCUACCUUACGGCUGUGUACGAGGACUCGAACGCUUACUGCCAGUCGAGAUGGCCUAGGUGGCGCGCCAAACUCGUGCACGACUAUUUCAGCAAUCCAUGGACGAUCAUUUCAUUAGUAGCAGCUGUUGUACUCUUUGGACUCACUAUUCUCCAAUCAGUCUACGCUAUUUUAGAUUACUACAAAAGGUGAUCAGCCGCGGUGGCUGUCAUCCUCAGCAUGGCUAGGUGCUGAAAAGAAAUUUGAAUCCUGUUCUGUUUGCAAACGAGCAAAAGUCAAUCCUGCUCUUCAGGAUAGUGUGCUUUGUCAUGGUGUUCGAGUCUGAUUAUAGUUAUUGUUGUUGCAUGUCUGGUUAAGUCUCUCGUAUGAUUUUAUGUGUUGAAUCAUGUUGCUAUGUAGUGCAAUUCCUCGGUAACUCAAAUCAAUCAAGAAAAGUCACUCUGGUGCCUUACUAAA